AUGAACAUUCUUAUACCGUUUCUUGUUUUACUGAGCGUGCUGAGUGAGAUAGCGAGGGGGGAGUCACCCUCAGCAUCAUCUUUAUCAGCAUCUCCAUGGGGCUCAUCAUCAUCAUCUCUCGUGGAAGAUGACUAUGCGACCACAGUUUGGACUCCUGCCGAGAUAGGAUUACAACCACUUGAGGCUCGGUUGGUGGAUGGACCAGACAAUACUUCUGGUCGCGUUGAGGUGAAUUAUAAUGGAAUUUGGGGCACCGUAUGUGACGACGGCUGGGAUUUGUACGACGCCCAUGUCGUCUGCAGAAUGGUGGGCUUCUACAGGGCCUCCUCCGCCCCAGUCAUGGCCAGUUAUGGCCCAGGGACCGGGGCCAUUCUCCUCGACGAAGUCUGGUGUCGUGGGUCUGAGAACAGCCUUGAAGAAUGCAGCAAGAACGACUACGGAGUUCAUAACUGUGUCCAUUCGGAGGAUGCUGGGGCGAUUUGUGAAACUACCGAAGAAGAGGAAGAUGUGACCUGGAGUUGGAGCGCAAUCGAAAUAGAGCGCUAUCUUGAGGCUCGGCUGGUGCAAGGACCUAACAAUUCUUCGGGUCGCGUUGAGAUACUAUACAACGGAACCUGGGGAACCGUGUGCGACGAUGGCUGGGAUCUGAACGACGCCCAUGUCGUCUGCAGAAUGUUGGGGUUCCCCAAGGCAUCAUCUGCACCCGUUAUGGCAACAUACGGGGAAGGAACUGUAGAUAUCCUCCUGGAUGAUGUUCAGUGCUCUGGCUCUGAGUACAGCCUUGAGGAUUGCAGGAAGAAGAACUAUUGGGUUCAUAACUGUGACCAUCGGGAGGACGCUGGCAUCGUCUGUACAGAGCCUGUCCCUCUUCAGGUCCGUCUAGCCAAUGGUCCUAAUAACAACAUUGGAAGGGUCGAGGUGAUGAUGAACCAGGGACACUGGGGUACCGUCUGCGACGAUUACUGGGAUCCACAAGACGCUAAUGUGGUAUGCAGGAUGCUUGGAUUCUUCGGUGCUGCAUAUGCACCCGUGAGGGCUACUUACGGCGAAGGACAAGGGGAUAUCUUGCUCCAGAAUGUGGAUUGCAUGGGGACAGAGCACAAGCUGGAAACGUGUUUCUACGAUACACCACAGCUUUAUGAUUGUGCUCAUGAUGAAGAUGCCAGUGCCGCCUGCUUGGAUUUCGUUUCAGGGUUUGAUGUGAACGUGGACUCAUCUUUGACUGCUGUGAAAGAUUUUACUGUCAAAUAA